CCACUCAUAAUGACACUGUCUGCUCUCUGUGUUCCCAGCCAUGUUUACUGAGGUUCCCCAUGACAUGACUGCCCAGAGAGGCCAGGACGUGGAGAUGGCCUGUUCCUUCAGAGGAGCAGGAACGCCGUCCUACUCGCUGGAGAUCCAGUGGUGGUACAUCAGGAACCACCUGGAGUGGACGGACCAACAGCCCUGGACGACUAAUGAGGUGUCUCCUGAGGAGGAAACGCCGAAGGAUGCUACAAAGAUCAGUGUUGUGAAGGUCGUGGGAAGCAACAUCUCCCACAAGCUCCGCCUCUCCCGGGUCAAAACGUCAGAUGAAGGCACCUAUGAAUGCCGCGUGAUCGACUUCAGUGACGAGGCCGGGGCCCGCCACCACCGUGUCAGAGCCUACCUGCAGGUGGUGCCAGAGAGCGCCGCCGCCGGCCCCGAGCGCGACGCCAACUUCGAGGCCGGGGACGACGCCAAGGCGGGGACAGCGUUCGUCGAUGCAGAGCCGCACGGCGGUGGCCAUCACCAGAACCACGGGCCCCACCUGGAGCACGGCAAGCGGCCCCAGGCGGGCCCCCACCACGGCCACAGCCACGGCGGCGACGGGCCGCAGCACAACGCUGCCAGGGAGCUGAAGAGGAGCGGCGCCGACAAUAACCACAGUGACUGCUCCAACGAGCCGAGCUGCGCUCUGUGAAGCCAGAGGUCACAGAACCAGAUGUUUGGUCACAGAAAGCAGCUUCCCUCUCACACUGAAGAAACCCAGAAUCCAUAGAAACGUUUAAUAUGGCUGUAAAGAGCGCAGGGAGUGAACUGUGAGGGGGGAGCAGUUUUGUGGUUUUUAUUUAUGUUGAUGCUGUGCAGAAGUUUAGAUGAACUGGUUCCUGGGGUAGAUCUAGGCAGCUUUACUGUUUCUGAUCUCAGCAUCCACAACUAGAUAACCUACUAAAAAAGAAAAGACUUUAGUCUGUCUAUUAACCAGUAAAUAAUAUGUUGCUUGAACUCCAGAUCCUGUAAAAGACAUGAUCACACCUUCCACUGCCUUACUGUCACUCCAUUCACCCAGACAAACAGGAAGUGGAAUAUUUUCUCACUGGUUCAAUUCCAAGUGCUUUUGUUCACAAAGUCCAACAUAUAAAACCUGCUGAUUUCUUUCUGGUCUCGGCUUCAGCUCUUGAGUUGAUAUUUUACUGUGUUUGUGUUCAUGGAUGUUGAUGAUGUAGACGUUGCACAGACUCAUUAGUAAUGAACUUUCUGUCUGAUCCAGGGACAGAUCCUGAAUAGUUCACAGAGAAUGGGGAGAUUUCAAUAAAUAUUAAUAAUAAAACAUUAUAGAUGGUAUUUCCCCAACAAUCGCUUUACAGUUCAGAAAGUAGAAAUUUUCCUCCCCACCUUCUGCUGCAGGUCCAAACAAAUGAAUCUGUUUUAUGUGUUUUUUUAAGUCAGGAAAGAAUGAAACCUUAGACACUAAAUUAAUCAAAUUAAAUAUGCUUCUAAUUAUUGACUGUAAAUGUAUAACCAGACUGUGAUCUCACUUAAUGUAUAACCCUGCAAAAGGCAUCUCUUGAAAUUAUUAUAUUUGUCACAUUGUAACCACAAAUUUAAAUGCAUUUUAUUUUAUUUGGUAUUUUAUAUCAAACACAAAGUGCAAACAAAUCCUACAUAGUUUUCAGUUUUUUUUGUUGUUGUUGGAAAAUCUUAAAAAGUAUAGUGUUCAUUUUUAAAGGAAAUGCACUGCACAAAGAUAAAAUCUUAUCAAGUAUUUUUAAUCUAGUUUACAUUAUUUCUUUCAUCCUAUCUGCAGUUUUGCACUACUUUGUGUUGGUUUAUCACAUAAAACCCUGUAAAUCAUGAAGUUUGUGGCUAAAACCAGAAAAAAAUGUGGGAAACUGUAAGGCUUUUGCACAGCAGCGUCAUUUUAUGGGGUAAAUAAUUUCUCUCCCAGCUUGGUUCUCUCACCCAGUGCUCAUUGAUAGUAUGAAAAAAAGCCUCAAUCCUCUACAAGCCUCUAAUCCACUCUGUACAUAAAACUGUAUAUUUCAAAAAA